UUUCAGGGCUGGUUAAAAACUUACGGCUACUUACUUCCAUCUGACAGCCAAAUGUCAGCCUUGCAGUCGGGCAAAGCUGUGCAGUCUGCAGUUGCCACUAUGCAACAGUUUUAUGGGAUCCCAGUAACAGGAGUUUUGGACCAGACAACUAUUGAGUGGAUGAAGAAGCCUCGAUGUGGAGUUCCAGACCAUCCCCACCUCCGCCGCAGCCGGAGGAAAAAGCGGUAUGCACUAACUGGACAAAAGUGGAGGCAGAAGCAUAUAACCUACAGUGUACACAACUAUACCCCCAAAGUUGGAGAGAUCGAUACAAGGAGAGCCAUUCGUCAGGCAUUUGAUGUUUGGCAGAGAGUGACGCCACUUACCUUUGAAGAGGUCCCUUACCAUGAAAUUAAAAAUGACAGAAAGGAGGCAGAUAUUAUGAUAUUUUUUGCUUCUGGUUUCCAUGGAGACAGUUCUCCAUUUGAUGGAGAAGGUGGAUUCCUAGCUCAUGCUUACUUUCCUGGACCAGGAAUAGGAGGAGAUACUCACUUCGAUUCGGAUGAGCCGUGGACCCUGGGCAAUUCUAAUCAUGAUGGGAAUGAUCUCUUUCUGGUUGCAGUUCAUGAGCUGGGACACGCGCUGGGUCUGGAACACUCCAAUGAUCCCAGUGCUAUCAUGGCUCCUUUCUACCAGUAUAUGGAAACACACAACUUCAAACUGCCCCAGGAUGACCUCCAAGGAAUUCAGAAAAUCUAUGGUCCUCCUGUUGAGCCCCUGGAGCCAACCAGGCCUUUACCAACUCUUCCUGUUCGCAGAAUUCACUCCACUUCGGAAAGGAAACACGAGAGACAGCCAAGACCUCCUAGUCCUCCUCUGGGUGAUAGGCCAUCUCCUCCUGGCUCGAAACCAAACAUCUGUGAUGGCAACUUUAACACCGUGGCUCUCUUUAGAGGAGAAAUGUUUGUUUUCAAGGAUCGCUGGUUCUGGCGGCUGCGCAACAACCGGGUGCAGGAGGGUUAUCCCAUGCAGAUCGAGCAGUUCUGGAAGGGCCUCCCCGCAAAGAUUGAUGCAGCCUAUGAGCGCUCUGAUGGCAAAUUCGUGUUCUUCAAAGGAGAUAAAUACUGGGUCUUUAAAGAAGUGACAGCAGAGCCGGGCUACCCGCACAGUCUGGUGGAGCUGGGGAGCUGCCUGCCCCGGGAGGGCAUCGACACGGCCCUGCGCUGGGAGCCCGUCGGCAAAACCUACUUCUUCAAAGGAGACAGGUACUGGAGGUACAACGAGGACAAGAGAGCAACGGACCCAGGAUACCCAAAGCCCAUCACUGUGUGGAGAGGAAUCCCUCAGGCUCCACAGGGAGCUUUUAUCAGCAAAGAAGGCUUUUAUACCUACUUCUACAAAGGGAAGGAGUACUGGAAGUUCGAUAACCAGCAGCUGACUGUGGAACCAGGCUACCCCAGGUCAAUCCUCAAAGACUGGAUGGGCUGUAACCAGAAGGAUGUUGAACGAAGCAAAGACAGACGCCUCCCCCACGAUGACGUGGACAUUAUGGUGACAAUAAACGAUGUGCCUAGCACUGUAAAUGCAAUCGCAGUCGUGAUCCCUUGCAUUUUGUCUCUGUGUAUCCUUGUCUUGGUAUACACGAUCUUCCAGUUUAAAAACAAAGAGGUGCAGCAAAAUGUUGUGUAUUACAAAAGACCUGUCCAGGAAUGGGUAUGACACAGCCUGCUGCACGUUUCAGCUCAUGGAACUGAUGAGGACUAUGGACAAAAAAAGAAAAAAAAAAGAAAAA